AUGACGCAUGUUUAUACCUUUCCCACAGACAUGGCGAAGGAGCGGAACAUCCUGCUGCAGAAGGCGUACCCUGAGCUGCGGGAGUUCUGUCAGAAGCAGGGGCUGGACUUCCAGGUCAUGGACAUGCGCUGGGGCGUGCGGGACGAGGUCGUGGCCGAUCACAUGACCUGCGCCCUGUGCCUGAUGGAGAUUGACACCUGCAAGAGGCUGUCGGUCGGACCAAACUUUGUGGCAUUCCUUGGUAACAGGUACGGCUACCGACCUAUUCCUGCAAAGAUAGAGGCAGAAGAACUGGACAUUCUCCUGCAGAAGGCCGGUCAACUAGAGAUGGACACCGCCGUCAUCACGGAAUGGUACCUCAAGGACGACAACGCUGUCCCCGCAGUCUGUUUACUACAGCCAAUCACCAGCAAGUUUAAACAUUACACGGACAUGGAGCCAGCCAAUCAGAGCCUACGACAGAAAGACAAGCAGGGUUGGUAUCAGGUGAUAACUCAGUUGGAGAACAUUCUCCGCACAGCUGUGAGGGCAGCUCACAAGGAAGGACAAGUUACUGAGGAGCAGCAACACAAGUACAUCAAAUCAGUAACGGAAAUUGAAAUUAAGAGAGGCAUAUUUGAGUCGACCAACGCCAACCAGCGAGCGGUGAUCUUCAUGCGGAACCUGCAGAACAUCGAGAAGCACGUGGGAGCAGACGCGGUCAGCGCCUACCUGGACCUGAUGGACAGGGAGAAGCUGAACGAAGAGUCCCAGAGCCUGCUGGAGGACCUGAAGGGGAAACUGCCGUCCAAACUAAAGAACGUUCACCAGUACGAGGUAGAGUGGACCGACAAGGGGGUUAACGAAGACGUGGAAAGUCACGCCUCGUACCUGGAACAGUUCAGCGACGAUUUUGUGGCAGAUUUGAAAUCGAUGAUUUUUAAGAGCCUGCAGAGCGAGAGUGAACAAGAACAGAACGAUGACUGGUUUCUGACAGAAGUGAUCUCGCACGCACGUUUCUGCCAGGCGAAGUGUGAGAGUUUCUGUGGAAGACAGGAGAUCUUUGACGCCGUGUACACGUACAUGAAGGACACGGCCAAGGUUAACCAUCAGCCGUUCGUGAUCCACGGAGCCUCCGGCAGCGGCAAGUCGUCCAUCAUGGCCAUGCUCGCACAGAACGCCGCCCAGAGGUUCGGAGAAAACCUGGUGACGAUUAUCCGUUUCCUGGGCACGUCGCCACACAGCACCCUGAUCCACCCUGUUCUACAGAGCCUCUGUCUACAGAUAUGUGAGGUCUACGGCAUCGAGUCACCCGCGGAAAGGGUUCUCGACAACUUCGCCGACAUCGUCCAAUAUCUGUCCACGCUUCUGGACAAGGUGUCGCAGAAGGACCGGCCACUUCUCAUCCUUUUGGACUCCCUGGACCAGUUGUCGUCCGUGGACCGAGCCUACAGCCUGACGUGGCUGCCCAAAUCACUCCCACCAAACGUCCACAUCGUGGUCUCCACCCUGCCCGAGGAGUUUGAUCUGCUGAAGACUCUGAAGCGCACCGUACGCAGCGACAGAAGCUACAUCCAGGUGCCCACCCUGUCGGAACAGGUGGGGAGCGAGAUUCUGGAUACGUGGCUCGCUCGGAUCCAGCGGUGCCUUACAGACAAACAGAGGGAAGUCAUCCUGUCUGCUUUCUCACACUGUCGGCAGCCGCUGUUUCUCAAACUGGCGUUUGACGAGGCUCGAAGGUGGAAGUCUUACACUCCAGAAUCAGAACUGCGGAUCGCCCAGUCAGCAAGGGCGGCCAUCAAUCUGCUGUAUGAGAGGCUGGAGGUUCAGCAUGGAACCGUCUUUGUGUCCCACACACUGGGGUACAUCGCUGCUGCCAGGAAGGGGAUAUCUGAACAUGAGCUUGAGGAUGUCCUCUCCCUUGAUGACGAAGUGUUAGACGACGUGUACCAGUACUGGUCUCCUCCCAACAAGGACGUGGUGCGCAUCCCUCCCCUCAUCGUCACCCGCCUCAAGUACGACAUCCUGGAGUACCUCGCCGAGAGACAGGCGGACGGGAAGAGAGUCCUGCAGUUGUUUCACAGGCAGUUCAUAGAGUGUGCCCAGGAGCGGUACCUGGCUGGAGACAACAGCCGAGCCCGUCACCACAUCCUGGCCGACUUCUACCUCGGCACCUGGAGCAGCGGUCGCAGGAAGGAGAUCACCAUGGACGUGAACGGGAAGCGGGAGUACUACAACGCCGACCGGAACGUCGUCCCGCAGCCCGACAAGUACGACAACAACGUCUUCAACCGCCGCAAACUGAACGAGGUGACCUUUCACCUCCUCCGUGCAGGCAGGAUGGACGAUAUCUUCGAACACACUCUGGGUAAUCUGGAUUUCAUGAACGUCAAAAUCGAGGCGUUUGGUGUCAAGAGUCUGGUAGAAGAUUACAACAUGGUGCUGCAGGUGUACAAUAACCUGGGAAUCAGGCUUCUCAGGGACGCACUAAGGCUCAUCAAGCCUACUUUGGAGUUCAAAGGUGGAGUACCCAGCUAUUUGGCCUUAGAGCUGAUUGGACGGCUUGUGCCGUUCGAACAUCAAUCUCUACCAAUCAUAGACAGCCUUCUGGAGCAGUCGCGGGCGUGGUGUAAGACGUUUUGCGACCACGUGACGCGACGUCCAUUUUUGUUGCCUCACAACACGUGCAUCUAUCCACCAGGCGGUCCCCUGCGGACGACCCUGGCCCAUCAUAGAGCCGGCAUCACCUCCAUCGCCAUGACUCCAGACGGAGGCUACAUGGUGACGGCAGCGCGAGACUGCACCAUCCGCAUCUACGAGAACGAGUCGGACGUCAUGGAGCAGGAGAGAACACUCACGGGACACACAGCUGCGAUUGAGGUGGUGUGUGCUGCCCCCAACAAUGAGCUACUGGUGUCCGGCUCGCUGGACAACACCCUGAAGGUGUGGAACCUGGAGACGGGCCGGCUGGUCAUCACCAUGGAGGAAGACCACGCCCACUACCGGCACCGCGCCCUGCUGACCACCACCAGGGACUCCCGCAGAGUCGUGUCACCGGCUGGCAAUGUGGUUAAUGUCUGGGGCAUAGAGUCUGGGAAGCUGCAGUUCACCUUGAAGGGGCAUGAGGGCGCUGUUUCCUGCCUGGCAGUUUCCCACGACAACCGGUACAUCAUCACCGGAGCAGAAGACAACGGCAUCAAGAUGUGGAGCACAGAGACAGGCGAGCUGAGAAACACCUUCUCCCCUCACACAGGUCACCUGACCUGCCUCAAGGUCACCCACAACGGCAGGAUUGUUUCCGGGUCAAAGGACACCACACUUUCUGUCUUUGACAUGGGGAGCGGGGAGGUAGUUCACAGGUUGGAAGGGCACUCCCACCCGGUGUACUCUCUGGCCAUCACGUCAGACGGGAAAUAUGCGGUAUCCGGGUCGGACAGGGUGGUGAAACUGUGGGACUUGUCUGAGGGAAGAGAGAUCCGCCACAUGCAGGGGCACUACGGCAUCGUGGACUGUGUUGCCGUCACCAGCGACAACAAGGCCAUCGUGUCCGGAGCUCGGGACGAACACCUGAACGUCUGGGACUUCGGGAGUGGUCAGCUUGUCCAGACGUUGGACGGACAGGCGGCGAAAAUCACCGCCAUGGAGGUGACGGGGUACAUCGUGGUGACGGCGUCCACGGACUCCUACUACACAAAGGUUUGGGACGUCGAAAAGAGCAAGAUGAAGAUGUCCACUCCCAGGUUCAUCGACAAGCAUGGCAUUGUGGGAGUGACGAGUGAUGCAGGGUACGUGGUGUACAAACGGGAGGGCAGCGAGAACGAGGUGAAUGUGUGGAGCUCAAAAGACGGCAAAGACGUCCGAACUAUCACUGACAAGGACGGCUCCGUAACAUACCUGAGGAUCACUCACGACAACAACUGUGUGGUGACUGGAGACGAGGCGGGUUUCAUCAAGCUGUGGAACCUGAACACGGGCCAGUUUAUACGGCAGCUGGACCAGGCUACAGGUGGCAUCAGGUGCUUCUGGAUCACACGUGGCGACAGGUACCUGGUUGCAGCCACAGACAACAACUCCGUGUCAUCCUGGGACAUUGACUCCGUGACGCUUCUCUGGACCCACAAACCCAACUGUGAGGGGAGAAUCACCUGCGUCACCAUGACAGAUGAUCGGAAAUACACCGCAGUCGGCACGGAUAAGAAAGAAAUCCUUGUCCUCAAUCAGGACAAAGUUCUCCACGUUCUAGUGGGCCAUCAGAGCCCGCUGACGUGUCUGAGUGUCAGCCAUGACCAGAAGCUGUUGGCAUCAGGGUCGGCGGGAGAGACCAUGCGGGUGUGGGAGUUAGGCACGGGCAGACUAGUGCACGAACUGUACGCCAAGUCUCCCGUCUUCAAAGGGAUCGUGUGUCUGUCGUUUAGUCACGACGACAAAUGCCUGCUGACCGGGGGCCACGACAGGUCACUCAAGAUGUGGGACCUCCGAACAGGAAACAUGUUGACUGCCCAGUACGUGUACGCUACAAUCACCAAUAUCGUGGCGAAUCGCGACAAUGUCGUCCUGACCACCAAACUUGGCUACGUCAUUGUGGAUGACAUCCUGCUUCCCGGGACGUGCCCACUUCCAGUGGAGGGGGGUGCAGGACCUCCCAGAAAAGAUCACAGUGCGAACUCAAAUGGCAAGCACAACAACAAGAUGAAGAAGAAAAGUUGUUUCCGUUGUCAGAUUCUGUAACAUUUUAAAGGAACGGUGCUCAAUCAACAUUGCACAUAUAUCUUUGUUUUUCAACCUGCCUUUUAACUCUAAAAUUACAGGUUGAUUCAAAACU